AUGAUUCACAACCCUUUUGCACACGUUGGCCAGUUUCAGCUGUCGGACACGUCUUCGAGCUGCAAUGACUAUGAUCGAGCCAAGCAGUCGCAUCUCUGUACCUUCCCGAAUAUGAAGGCUUGGCAAGCACAUGAAAAGAUCAUCACCGUAAAUGCACGUCCAUCUACCAACACAACAGAUUCCAAAAAUGCACCAGAUGCCAAUCUACGACGACGUGCUCUCCAUUCAUCAGUGUCGGCAUCUCUAACGUCUCGACAGCAGCAGCAACUUGCCGCAACCAUGCAAUCGCCCAAACUCACCGCACACUUGCCCUCCCCUACUCUUUUCACGUUGCUCGAUGGCGGCCAGGCCAGGCACGGCAAUGAGCCUCCUGGGCGAGAGAAAGCGAGCGGCAGCGAUAGUCCUGUGACCAUUUCACGUGGCAGCAUCCAAAGUGAGCAAGUUUCGUUCGACUCACUCUCGCCUCUAACAACAGCACCGCAACCACGCUCCCUUCUGCAGCGUCUUCGGACAUCUCGUUUUUUCGAGCCAUCAACAGGCUCGUCCGCCAAUCUCGGCGCCAUGAGUAAGUACAUCCUCACUUCUUUGCAAGGCACAACUCAGCCAAGCGAGACUUGCGACGGCCUCGACAUCAGAAACAGUGGUCUGAUCCCAGCAUUGGUCGGAGGGGCCAUCGCCGCGACACCACCACCACCACCACGCACCACUUUCCGCUGCGACGUCUACGGCACCGACGGCAGCGACUUCAUCAACGCCAUAGAAGAAUGCGAGCAACUCGUGGCUGAAGCCGGGGGCCGUGUCAUUCAGGAGUACCAGGGAGGCUUCGUGUACGACAUGCAGCAUCACCGCAACAAGAACCCUCUGGACGACAAUGAGCCGACUGAGCGCGGCGGAUUCAUUAACGUGUCGCCAUGGGAGAAGAACAAGGCUGCCAGUCAUCGACCUCCUGUACCCCCGAAGAGACGCGCGAAGGCGCCUGAUGUUGGUACGGAUGUGCGUCGCUCUAGAAAGGAUAGCACUAUCAAGAUGAAGGCUGGCGAUCUGAUUGCGCGGAUCAAGAAGCGCGUCGGAAGCGGACGUCAACGACAGCAAGAAGACGAACACGCCGUCGCUGAGCAGUUGGAUGAUCUUGCUAUUGAGGCUACAGAGCGGCCAGAAGAUGGACCAGUACAGAGCGCGCCACACCAAGAACAGGCUGCCGAUGCCGUCAGCGCCUUCACACGAGAGCCGAGCGCGCCAAACUUCGAGGAACCCAGCACCUUUGUCUCACCACGACACUGCCGACGUUGCUCAGAUGCGGGAAGCGAGCACAGCGCAGACAGCCGAGGCUCGAUCAAUUCGAGCAACUACGACUGGGAAUCUGCAGUGAUUGAGGCUGGCUUGCUGACAAGCAGGCACAGUCAGACUCGUUGA